UUCCAAAUAACUUUUUUUUUGCAAAUCCCCGACCAAUUUCUCUCCAUCUGAGCAUCACCCCCACCCCCACCGCGAAGCACCCAUCAUCAGUUCAUCACCAUCCAUACAUUAAAGCUCGACAAUUUUCAAGGCUACCUUACCAAUUUUUGCAAUAAAAGUGCCUCAGAUAAUUUCUAAUAUAUUUCCCUCAAUUUUUCAUUAAACUCACUUUUUGUUGCCAAUUCUUUCUUUGUCUUUUUCUAAUCAGAUGAAUAAUUUUUCUAAUCAUAGCUCAGCAGAUCACCAAGAAUUUGGUGUCAAAGGAACUGAAGUGUUUGUUGGUGGGCUUGCUCCAUCAUCUACUGAAACCAAAAUUCGUGAGGUAUUUUCCACAUGUGGGGAAAUCAUGGAGGUACGGAUGAUAAUGGACCAGAAAGGCAAAGCGAAGGGGUUUUGUUUUCUUCGUUUCUCAACCAAGGAAGCUGCUGCCAGAGCUGUGAGGGAUAAAUCUGGAAUUAUGCUAGAAGGGAGGAAAAUCGGAGUGCUUCCAUCAACAGAGCAAAAUUCUCUGUUUCUGGGGAAUCUUCCCAAAGAGUGGAGUCUGGAUGAAUUUGACAGAGUAACUAGGCAGGCUUUUCAGGAUGUGGAUUCUGUAAAUCUUGUAAUGCUCUCUAAUGAUGUUGUUGGCCCUUCUACUCAAAAGCAAAAAAACCGGGGAUUUGGUUUUGUGAGGUUCUCGUCCCAUGCUGCUGCAGGACGUGCAUUUAGAUUGGGCUCGAGAUCAGAUUUUGUUCUUGGUAUCAAGUGUCACCCUACUGUGCAGUGGGCUGAGGAGGAACCUGAAAUUGAUCCGGAGGAUCUUGCUAAGGUAAAGAUUGCAUUUAUCAGAAACCUUCCUGCAGAUGUGAAUGAAGGGUUCCUGAAGAAGCUGUUUGGACCUUAUGGGGAGAUAGAGAAAGUAGUUCUGUCCAAGAAGGGUCAGUUUCAAGUUGGGUUUGUCCAUUAUGCUACAAGACAGGAUCUUGACAGUGCAGUCAAGGCGAUGCAUGAUAGGACAGUACAAGGGCCAAAUGCUGUUUCUUUUAAGCUCCAGGUCGAAGUUGCCAGACCCUUUGAGAAGAGCAAGAAGCGAGACCGUGAAGGAUCAAGUAGGACUGUGACUGAGAUUGUGAGCCAAUAUAAAGUUCUGAAAGCUGAAUCUCAAUCCGCUUCUUCAGGUGGCUGUAAGUUUGAUCUGCAUGAGGAACAUAUUGUUGCUGACCCAUAUGAAGCAGCUGUUGUCUCACUACCUGCUGCUGUCCAAGAUCGUCUGCUUCGGAUCCUACGACUGGGUAUUGCUUCACGUUAUGAUAUUGACAUCCGAUGCCUGAGAAGUCUUAAUGAGAUUCCAGAAUCAGCUGCAAUAUCUGUCCUUGAUCAGUUUCUGUUAUCAGGAGCAGAUGAGAAUGACAAAGGAGCAUUUCUUGCUGGAUUGAUUACCAAGUACCAGGUUAGAAGUUUUGGGAUAAGUCAAGUGCCUGAAUAUACAUCAAGAGCAAAUGAAUCUAUCAGUGUACGAUCAGACUUGGCCAGGUUGCGGAGUCGAAGCCAGGUGCCAGCUUUGGACUCCUUUUCUUCUCACAUGGCCACCUCAAGGUAUGAGAGAUAUUCUCCUCGUUUGCCAUAUUUCGACUACUCACUAUCACCUCGAGCUGGCAUCACAAGAACAUCGGAGGAAAGGAACUCUUCCCCAAUCCACUUACCGGUUUCCUCAUCAAGCUACGGGAGAAUGGGAAUGAAAUCACCUGUUAUACAGGGGGCAUCUCACCAACCCACACGAUCUCAAGUUAGAUUUGAUCCUUUUACAGGUGAACCUUACAAAUUCGAUCCCUUCACAGGUGAACCUAUUCAACCCGAAUCUCUUUCUCGGGGUAAUCAAAGCUUUUAUUGAAGCUAAUGGAAGCUUUAGGAGCACAAUUUUUGAUCCUGAUCUUCUGGUAACUAGUGAAAGGGGGAAUAUCAACCUGAAGAAGUUGUACAAUAGUAAGAAAUGUAGGUUGUUCUUGGAGUAGUGAAGGUGUGAUUUGGGCUCACGUGAGAAUAACAUGGUUAUGUGAGAAUACCUAGUUAUAUGAGAAUAAAUCUGAGCCCUAGGAUUGCUCUAAUCUAACGGCAGUCAUAUAUCGCAUUUCAUUAUCCUUAAAAAGACUAUCCUGCUUCCUUCACCUACAACUUCUUCUCCUUCACCUUCCUUUCUACAGUAGCUCGACCUAAUGUAGCAAAUCAACAAUUUCGUCCUUUAUUAAAGCUCGAACAAGAUUCAAAACAACGAUUUCAUUCUCAACUGAAGCUCAAACAAGAAUAAGAUUUGACGUUCUCCAUUGAAGCUCGAGCAAGAUACAAAGUGGUAUUUAUUCGGAUUUUUUAAGCUAUAUUUUUUAGUUAUUUCUCGGAUUUUAGGGUUUAAUUUUCAUAGUUUUGAUGUUGCCACUCUGAAAUUAAGCUAUAUUUGGAGAAUGUGAUUCUCAUUUUUGCUUGUAUGUUUUACUUGUUUCGUUUUAUUUUAUUUUUUUAGAACUUUGUCUGGUAAAACUUCCAUCUUUUUUAAGUGUA